AAACUUUCAUUUUCCGUUAGUUAGUCCGCGACGUGACACGGAGUUACAAAAUUGUGCCACGGCGAAUAUAAUACCACUGUUUGGGAAAGGAUAUUGUAAUAUUUAAUACCGAUAAUAUUGAGCGGUGUUGCAAUUUUCUUUUCUACGUUUUACAAGUUAGAGAUAUUGAUAUCUAUUUACGCUAUCAAAUUUCAUAUAUGAUCUUUCAAUUUCACUAAACGGAGUGAUUCUGUUAGAUAUAAGGCUAAGACAUAGAAUAAAGAAAAGAAAUGGAACGCAGAAUUUGUUCAAUCGUUUUGUUAGGAUUCCUAUAUCUCGUGUCGACCGUAUUAGGAUGUUCCAAACUCGAGCCUGGUGCACGUGCGAUUGAGACGGGACAUGAAUUUGAAACUGAUGACCGGAAAGUGUAUUAUUCUAAAGUUGUUGUUUUUGGUGAAGUAGUCCGUACGGUGCAAGGGGAUUAUCCAUUUAAAGGAAAAGAUGGUGUUCACACAGUGGAAUUUAAUGUCCUGUGCACUUAUAAGGGAGGACCUGUGCCGAAAACAAUCUACAUCGCUGGAAUGGGUAACGAGAAUGGACAAAUACCAGGAUGCCCGCCAGCGCCUGUAGAUAAAACUGGAAGGACAAUUAUGUUUUUAAAACCAACGAAAAAGAACAAUGUAUUUGAAAUAGAAUUCAAGCCAAACAUAGGGGAGGCAGACCAAUUACUGGACGAUUUCACUCUAAGCUGCAAUAUUUUUCUUGAAGAGGACGGUGAUGCAUAUUGCAAUGAUUUCGUACCAUUAACCAAAGAAGAAGGUUGUGUUACAUGGACGCCUAUUCCUCCAUUGCCGACUCCCGAACCAGAGGUGACUCCAGAACCGGAACCAACAAAACAACCAGAACCCGAAUCUGAGGAAGAGCAACCCGAACCCACAGACGAACCGAAUCCAAAAGAACCUGUAGUUGAUAUUGAUGGUAAUGACAACGGCAAUGAUAAACAAUCUGACGAGGGUUACGAUACUAAAAAGGGUGAAGAUUCAACGUCUGCGAAAGAAUCAAAAGACGACGGAAAUGGUUCUACAGUUUUAUCAGCUUCAUUUUUAGCAACCGUUAUUUCAAUUUUCCUCACUAUAGUUGUUUAAAAGAUUUGACUUUCAUUAGAUCUAAAUGACAUUUAACUAAUUGCUAUUUGGGUGGUAUAAAUCAAACUGUUAUAGGGAUAUCAGGCACCAGAAAAUCAUUCCUCGACAGCUUAUUGUGAUAAACAAAGGAUGUUGAACUGCCAUAUCGUAAACAAUAUUAAAUGCAAGCAAAGCGGCAGUCCGUGUUAGUUAUCCACAGAAGGUUGAAAACAAGACACAGGUUGAACACCACCAAUUCCGCUAUUUAGAUUAUCCUUACACAUUAAUGUGUAUUUUCGCAAUCAAAUUGUAUUAAGAUUAAUCAUUAAUGAAAAUGAACAUAAUUGCAAGAUUCACGCACAAGAAUAUUGAUGAAAAUGCGAUACAUGUACACUUACAGCCACACAAUGGAUAUUUGUGCUGAAAAAUAUAUGAAAGUUUAAGAAAAUGCGAUAUUUACUGGGGAAUGUGCUGUAUUGGUCAACAAACUAGUGAUAUCAGUGGAUUAAUUAUGGUUUCCUUACUCUUUUAACUUUCUUUCUUUUUUUGCAAAUAUUUAAAAAACUAUUCGGAUUACAUCUAAAGGCAUGAUAUUAUUGUUACAUUAACAUGUCUUGAUGAUGGAAAAGUUUAUACAAUUCUAAGAACAGUCUUUUGAAAAUAAUAAACAAUAAAAUUAUUUUGACAUUCAUUACUGAAUUUUCAGUUUUGGCUGAAUUAUUUGUGUGUGCUAAACAUGAUAUUCAAUUUAUCAAAAUAAAGUUAUAAUACUUGUUCAUACAAUAUUGAUUGAAACGUUGGAGGUCAAUUAAUAAAACUUUGGAGAAUUUUGUGUGAAAUAGAUGUAACUCUGAAAAAGAGGGUACACAUAUUUUGCUCAAACCCUUUGAUAGUUUGCUUCUUUUUACCCUUUUUGCGAAAAUACCUUACUUUUCCUAAGAACUGUUUUGUUUUCAUUAUUAAAACCAAUAUAACCUUUUUAAUGUGAUGUGUAGGAUUAUAUAUUUGUAUGCAAGAAGUUGUCAAAUGUAAUAAAAAUUAGACUGAAAACCAGUCAAAACUUCAAUGUUUGAAUUGCAAAAAUUAAAACCAAGCUUUUCAGACUGGUUGUAAGAUUCAUUAUUUUUGCAUUGGCUUGUGUGAAAGAUUAAAAAGCCUCAUUACCUCAUGGUGAAAACUGUUUGUUCAAAUAACCGCAUUACUCAUCAUUGUUAUUGUUGUGUUCUAAGCUUUGCAUACUAGAAUGUAUUUAAAUAUAGGGUAAACCCAUGAAAUACUGAAAUUGUUUGGAUGACAUUUUUAUUAUAUGAUUAUGAUAUAAAAUCUAAAAUUAAUCAGUUAUCAUUUUACCAUGAAAGAUAAGUGUACCAGCGUUUUUAUAUAUUUUUAGUCAAAAUGCAUUUUUUAACUCUAGUAACUUCCCUUGAUGUGUCAUUCACAGUUACAUCCCCUUAUCAAGUAAUAUGUGUGUAUGACAGAUUCACAAAACUAUUUCACAGCAAAUUUAACAGAAAGAAAUGAAAUUAGUUUAAUAUGAAUUGGACAAUAAAAUACAAAAACAAGAAGAAUUAAAUAAUACUAAUAAUAAAAUUGGGCUAAGUUUUUUUUGAAUAUUUCUUUAAAUAACAUGAAAAACCUCUGAAAUGAGAACUUUGAAAACCCAAAAAAAUAUCAUUACACCUUUAAUGUGAGAAUGAGAUAGCUUCAGGUUUUAUUUAUUUUGCUUGCUUGCCAAAUUUGUACAUUUUUUCUAAUUUUAUUUAUAACUUGUGUUGAGCAAAUAACUUGUGUUGAGCAAGUUAUAUGAUGUUAAUUUAUGUUAAAUAUUUUACAAUAUAUAAUUUAUUAUAAAGACUCAUCAUAAACAUCAAACUUAAAGUUCAUUUAAACAGAUGAAAUAAAAUACUUAUCUGUGGGUAAGACAUAUAUAUGAAGAGCUGCUAAACUAGAGGCGUUGGUAACGCUACAGUAUUUUAUUAAAAAUUAUUUUUAGUAAUAAUGCAACCAAAUUUUUUAAGAAGCCCGAGUUAAAGUAGAAAGAAUACAUGACUUCCUUUGUAUAGUUAAAUUCCCAAUACUAGAAAAGUGUGUGUCGGAUAUGCUACAAAAAUGAUAAACUAUUUAAUGGUAAGAAUGUGCUAACCAGUGUAAAUAUAUUUUUUUUUUAUUUUCUUAUUUUCUUUUUUGUGCAAAUGUGUUAGUGCGUAAGAUGACUGCAAAUACUUUGUACAUUUUUUUAUUUUAGAUAUGUGUAGAAAAUGCUUAAAAUUUUGGUCAGGAAAUACGUAUAGAAAGUUAACUGAAGAUUUGAAAUUAAAAUUGGACACAAUAACAACGUGUAAUCAUGCUUAAAGAUUAUAGUCUGCAAUACGUUCCUGUAACAAUGGAGAUUUUCAUGUAUAGGAAUCUUAUUGUUAUAAAUUCUUAUUAUUGUGAGGCCUGUAAAAAAAACAAUUGUACAAUAUAUGUGGAAUACAUGUAAAUGUAAUAAGAUAAACAGCUGUUUUACAAUGUUCAAGCCAUUGAUAACAUGCGAAAUCAGGGUUGAAUGCCUUACGGUUCUUUUUUUUUGACAUUUUGGCCAAAAAGCUUGAUACUGAAGACCAAUCUUGAGACUCUAGCAUUUGAGUGGUUUAAUUCCUUAUUUAAGUAAGAAAUUGACCAAUAUCAAAGGUGGAUUUCAGGACUGGUUGCCUUUUUAUGUUUAUAUGUAACAUAACCUUUGAUAAUAUGUGCAUUAUGAGAAUGAGAAAAAAUUCUGAUGUAACAAUUUUAAAUCAUUUUACAUGAUUUAAUUAAUAUUUAUUUUACUUUUGUUUAUUUUUGCUUUAAAUAUCAUAUGAAAUAUUUCAUGUUCCCGGUAAUCAGUUUGAAAUGGCAUAAACCUUCUACCAAUAGCAACAAUAACUAGUAGUAUGUCUAAGUUCUUAGAAACUUCAUUGUCAAAAUUUAAGUUUCUUAUUUGUGAAAAAUUAGUUUAUUAUAUUUGUCAAAAAUUGGUUUCUUAUUUGUCAAAAAUUAGUUUCUUAUUUGUCAAAAAUUAGUUUCUUACUUGUCAAAAAUUAGUUUCUUAUUUACUUGAAUUAAAUUCAUCAUUCAAGCACUUUGAUUAAUCUAUCACAUAUUGAAAGUAAAAUGUUGAAUGAUUAUAAUGUUACCACUUGAUAGCAAGUUGUAUUAUCCAGGACCUUGUUGUUGGUUUUUGUCAGAAAUGAGUUAUAGGGAAAUGGUGGUAUAUUGUGUUAUUAAUAGAUGCAUUUCUUGUUUCAGUUUUCUCCUUAUCAUGCAAAUGACAUGUACACUCAAAUAUGGAAGAAGUGUUAUAACAUUUUGAAUUGUACCCAGGAGAUCCAACAUUAUACUGUGUUCAUAGAAAUGUAUUCAAUCUCAUUUUUUAUUUUAGAAGUAAAAAAAAUGUUAUUUAAUAUAAGCUUUCAUUUUCUGAAAUAUUAAAGUACUAAUGUAUCAUAUGAAAGGGGAUAGUACUAAUGUAUCAUAUGAGAUAUUGAUUAUGGGGACUAUAGCUCUGAAAUACUAAAUAUAAAAUCAACAAUGUAAAUACUGUGUAAACAUUUUGCAUGAGAUAAGCAAUAUAUACCAGUAUAGUUAUAUUUCUGCAAAGUUUCAUUCCUUUAACACAGAAAAAAGCAAGUAUGGUUAAGAAAGUUUGUUUGAAGUAUAACACAAUUUCAACUUUAUUUCAGGGAAAACAAAAUCAGAUUUACUUUGAACAUAACAAUAUAGUUAAUUUACAUAAUAGAAAUGAGGAGAUUUGCAUACAUUUAUAUAUAUACAGUAAGCUCAUUUCUAGUGCCUGUUUUUCACUAAACUAUUCUACAUUACAUUGUUUCAUGAUUAUCUCCCCCUAGUCAUUAAUAAGUAGAUGUACAUACUCUUAUUGCUUGGUAUUGUUAUGUGUUAAUUAUUUCUUAUAUAAACACUGCCUAUUGUUGUUUUUCUGACUUAUUUAAUGAAGAGUAUGCUUGGGUUAAACUAUAUAACUAUAUCUCAUUUUGAUUCAAUGUCUUAGGAACUUAAUUAUCUCCCUUAGAAAUUGUGUUUUUUACCUCACCUGAGCUAGCUCAGGGUGAGCUUUUAGGAUCAUUGAAUGUCCGUCUUCCGUCCACACUCUAGCGGUCACAUUUCUUGCCUCAAUCAUCAUCAAACUUUGUCAGGAUGCUUAUCUAGGUAAUUGCUCGGAUGAGUUCGAACUUGGGUCAUCUCGGAUGAAAAACUACGUCACAGGAGCUAAAAAUAGCAAAGCCUUGUUAACACUCUAGUGGCUACUGUUUUGAUCCAAAUAUCCUGGAAAUUGGUCUGAAAGUUUGUUUUGAUGAUUUCUAGGUCAUGUUCGAACAUCGGUCACCUGGGGUCAAAAACUAGGUCACACCGCCCAAAUAUGGAAAAACCUUAUUACACUCUAGUGGUCAAUUAUCAUCAAACUUGAUCAGAAUGCUUGUCGUAGAUAAUUGCUCGGAUGAGUUCGAACAUGGGUCAUCUUGGAUGAAAAACUAGGUCACAGGAGCUAAAAAUAGAAAAAUCUUUUUAACACUCUAGUGGCUACUGUAUUGAUCCAAGUAUACUGGAAAUUGGUCUGAAAGUUUGUUUUUAUGAUUUUUAGGUCAAGUUUGAAUAUGUAUAUAUAUAUAUAUUCACACAUACCAUCACUUACGGGGACCAACUAGAGUGGCAUUAUUUCAUGCAGUCAGUUUUUAUAUAUGCCACUAUGUAGGCAUAUAAUGAACAUUUCCAAACAACAGAACUAAGGGGUACUAAUUAAGUUAUAUAUAUCAACUAUAUAUUUAAUUUUACAAUAGGUGAAAACAUUUUGACAGGAAACAUAAAACCCCAUUAAAAAUAUAUACAUUUGUGGUGCAUAUGGCAUUAACUAUUAAAACCGGCUUACGGGCACUAUUUUAGAAGGGUAGCCUACACCCCCAUACGUCAUUUUAAACAUGCUAGAAUUGCGAGGUCUUAUGUAUGCCCCACAUUAAAUAUAAACCCCACAAGUAUGGUCUUAAAUAGACCGAUGCCCCGUAAAUGGAGGAAUGUAACUGUAUAUCCAAGUAUACUGUAUAUACAUAUAUAUAUAUAUACAUAUGUAUAUAUAUAUACAUGUAUAUAUAUAACCUGGGGUCAAAAACUAGGUCACACUGCUCAAAUAUGGAUAAUCCUUGUUAACACUCGAGUGGUCACAUUGUUGACUCACCUGUCAUGAAACUUGGUCAGAAUGCUCUUGUCUAAGUAAUUGUUCAGAUAAGUUCAAUGGGUCAGGUGAGCGAUCUAGGGCCAUCUUGUUGUUUUUUUACUAGCUUAAUCGCUUAUUAUCUAGGUGGAAUAAAUUGAAUAGUCUCCUUUUAUGUUUAUGUUUCCUAUUUCUAUUCACUGAAACAACUGGUUUCUAAUAUGAACCACUUGGUGUACCUAGUUUAUAAAUGGGAAACCUGCUUUAGAAGACAUUCAGAAUUUUGUCAGUCACCUUGCAACAACUACUGGUACACAUGUUGGGAAACAACUUGAUCAAGAAAAAUAAUAAAACUUGCAUAUAUACAUUUGUACUUUAAAAUAUGGUGUUUAUUUCUUUUAAUUAAAUGACAAAUUUAAUUUUGAAAUUCCUUUUACAAAAUGAUUUAGUGUAUCACUAUGUAUUAACAGAUUACCCACAAUAUAUACAGAGUAAUAUGUACAGAGUGGCAUCUUUAAAAGUUCUUUUUGGGUAUACAAUUAAAGUCAGUGAUAGUACUUAAAUAAGGAAAAAGAUUCCUUAUGUUUGAUAAGAAUACAUAUAAUUUUUUUUCAAAAUAUAAAUUCAAUAUAACAAGGAAAUCACUAAGUAUUUUCAUUUUACUCUAACUGAAGCAGUCAAUUUACAUGUUAAUAUCUUUGAAAUUAUUCAUACAAAAAAACCCCCAAAAACUGACAAGAUAAAAAAUUAUCAAAACAACAGAUGUUUGAAUUACAGAAAACAUACUUGAUUUUAAUGGAAUUUUUAUUGUAAAGAUGUUCUUGUUUUUUUUAUUUUCACUUUGAAGGUUAGCUAAUAUAUUGACUUGUUUAUGCUACCACUUUAGUCAGGCCGGCCUGUGCAUCCAUACACCAGUGUAGUCAGACUGGCCUGUGCAUCCGUACACCAGUGUAGUCAGGCUGGCCUGUGCAUCCGUACACCAGUGUAGUCAGGCCGGCCUGUGCAUCCGUACACCAGUGUAGUCAGGCUGGCCUGUGCAUCCAUACACCAGUGUAGUCAGGUCAGCCUGUGCAUCCGUACACCAGUGUAGUCAGGCCAGCCUGCAUGUCUGACAACUCUACAUUGUUGGGUGCUCAAUUUUAGCAUUCUUAGGUUGAAAUCAUGGAUAUUUCCAAAUAUAAAGCUGGACAACUCCAAUAUACAGUGUGAAAAGGGUUAACAAUAAAGCACUUUUCAAUUUAAUACAAUGUAACCUGUUUGGAGACCCAACAAUUAAAAGUUAAAUAUGAAAAAAAAGUUAAAGGGUCAGUACUGUAUGGAGACCAUUAUUCAGACAGAAGCAGGUUGUCUUUUAUACUUAGGUGGUUUUUAUUGACAGUAUUAGGUUCAGUUAUUGUUUCAAUUUAAAUAAAAAAGCAAUAUAGUCUUAGGAAGCAGAUGACUUUUUAGCUGAAGUUAGUAUUUCAGCAUAGGUUUGACUGUGUUAGUGUAUAUAAAACCCAUGUUCCACAUUUUUGGUAAUAAAUCUGUCAGUUAUUUAACAAUUUAAAUCUUCUUCUGCAGCUAUUGUGAGAUAGCAUUAGCAAAGUUUCCAUGUAAAAAGCUUGUAUAAUAUAUAUUGAUAUGCAUGUUUGUCUUUUACUAAAUAUAAAACAAUAAAGUAAUACUGUCAAAUUU